UGCUACUGUGUAGUAGCAACCUCGGAAACAAGCCCAGAGCUUUGAUCCUCGUGGACCAAAGCUGGGCAGGUGUGGAGCUGCGAGGUUAACCCAGAUUUAAACUACAGCACAUUUUCUAAUUGCCUUGUUUGGGACUGCAGUUGAAGGCGGAAUCAGGAGAUGGAGGCUUGCUCGAUGAUUGGAGAAAGCACGGAUGCGAUAGUGAUGGAUGAUUCUCCUACAGAAGAAAGGGAAAUUCAAGCUCGCACAAGGUGGGCUCUUUUUAAUUGUCUAUUAUGGUCACCAAUGCUUAGUUUGUCACCUGAAUCCAGAGUUAAAAAUGGAUUACAUUUACAGUAGGCUACUGGACGUGAAUGUACCUUUACCCUCAUGUGGCUGGUGAGAGUAUUGUUACAGCUCACAAUCCAGUUGUGUUUAUGUUGUUGACAAUGGGAUUAUGAACAGACUGUGACUUCUGCUGUUGUUCAUUUUCCAUUCAAAAGUCUACCAGGAUAUUAUUUUCACAUUAAAUUGCACUGGUUCUUUCAGUGGUGAAAGAAAUAAUUGCUUGUAUGCCAAUAUAACCAAACCUUUAAGAUUUUAUUCACCAAAUUUGCAACAUUUUCAGGUCAACUAUAACUAUAUCAUCCUUCAGAUAAUACUGUGUGACAGAAUCUAGCAACACAAGCUGAACAAAAGCUGGCAAUGCCUCAUCUGAUUUGUCAUCAUUCAAGCAAGCCUUUUUUUCUUAUGCAAAAUUAGAGUAACACACUACACACAGAGGGACACACACAAUCUCUGUCUGACGGUUUCACUUAAAUGGACUUGUGUGAAAUCUGUUGGGUGUCAUCAGCUUCCUGCCUGGGUCAGGCUGCCUCUCUGGACCUGUGAUCUCACCCUGUCACUCACUCUGCUGCAUAUGAAGGCUUAAAAACAGAGUGGAAACAGCUACAGUCUGGCACCCUGACACAGUUUUAAUCCUGUCUUUAUUUCUGUCUCUAAAUCUUGAAUUUACUCAUAUUAACGGUCCACAGACACCUAUUCUGUCGUUUUACGAGGCUUAAUAGCUCAGCCCUUUCAUAAAUUCUAACCUUGUGUUUCUGAUUGGCACUUUAGGAUAUGGUUUAGGACAUGGCACUGACAGGGAUCCGGGGGCUGGUUGAAAGAGAUGUGCUGAAGAAAAGAGGGAAGACAGAAACCUCUAACAGAAAGAAGUGGGAGUAACUAAAGCUGACAGGGCUCUCACAUCUGAUGGAUGUUUUUCUGGAGUCUUUUGAAUGUCCAAAGCUGUCUUUUAGCACUUUUAGAUUAUUGCUCUCCAGAUUGAAUGUAGUCAUUCUAAUAGAGAAAGAGACAGGCUGUUAGGUAAAACGAUAGUUCACACUGGCUUUAACUUAACCAGCUACAGAAGAAAAAGCUCAUUAUUUAUUGAUUUAAGUAAUCGUGUAUAGACCAUAAGAUUCAUUUUAUUUUCAAAACUUUUAGUACAUUUCACUGAUUUUGAUUCUGCACACUCACUUGACUGUUUUUUUUUUCAGGGCUUUCACUAUUUUCUACAUUUUAUACUUUUAUCAGAGCACACUAUCUCUUUAAGUAAGCUUUAAUGGUUAAAAACAACCCUGAGACAGAUGUUAAUCUCAUGAACAGAGUAAUGUUUCUCCUCUCCAGUCAAGGCAGUCUUUUUUUAUUAUUUUAAUGCUAAACAAUGUGAGGUGAUUCAGAUAUUUUGUCUGCCCUUAUAAAUAAUGCAUGGUACUUGUAUAACUGAAUUAUUUCAGUGCAUCAAGUGAAUUAACAUCUGUCUGCAUGACAAAUGAAGUGAACUUUUGUUUUAUCUUGUGUACUUUUCUGCUUUAAUGUUUCUCAAAUUAAGGAGGCCUAUAAUCAGUGUGCAAUGAAAGCCUCCUUUUUUAUCCAUGGUGUGAAGAGGAGCUAGUGUCACCUUCCUGGGUGUAUUUUUGUAUUCACCAACUGAAAUAUUAAUGAGAGCCACAAAAUGCUCUCCAUAUAUACAUAUGUGUAUGUGUAUACUGGCCAGCCCUGUGAAAAACCAUCAAAGAGGAGGAGUAGUUACAAAUGCUCAUCAUUUUUGACCCUAUAAUGAGUGGGCUGCCAGGUAUAUGUUACACUGUCAUGUGAUAAUAAUUCAGCAUUAAUGUAACACUGGUUGGCUCAUAGAGAUAAUAGUGCUGCUGAUACUUUGAGUGUUUAUUGACUCUCUUAAUCAAGCUUCUAAAUAGACUAAUUCAGAUGGAGUUUUUCAGUUGAUGUCUCUGGCCUGCUUGGUACACUGUGGCUUUUUCAUUAUUUAGCUUGUAUUACAUAUUACAGUGUUACAAAGAUAAAUUAGUGUGGUUCAGUUUGUGUCUGAGCUCAGCCGUAAUCCCUCAUCUUCGGCAAACCACCGACUCAUCAGACUUCGCAUCAUUCGUGUGCCGUAUUACGGGAUGCAAAUAAAACAGUGAGGUCAUUAUGCUCUGUUGAGCUACUCUGUUUGCCGUGGUUACAAGACAGGAAGUGCGGCCGCAUCCAGUCUACUGUGAAAAAAACAAGCAUGUGGUAGACUAAACAGACCUCAUGGCCUCUGCACAUGGAUACAACCUGAGGAUUACUCAGUUGUUACUCACCCUCAAAUUCACUUUUUUGUUAUGCGAGUGUCUGUAUGUGUGAGAAUUAAGUGUGUCCUUUGCUGUCUCUCUCUCUGGUCUGAUUUGUGAAGAAAAAAAGAACGAAAGUUAUUAUCAAUAAAUGUUUUAAUAGAAUUUGUCACAAUGAAAAAUUACUCUGACCUAUAAAAGACAGUUUUCUUACCUCAGUGUGUUGCCUGUGCUCUACAGAAUGACUGGAUUUAAAUGAGCACAUGGCCAUGUUCUAUGGUGGACCAAAAAUGCCCAAAGGAAAAAAAAAAAAAAAGUGAAAAUAAAAACUCAAAGUAAAAGAUAUGUAAUUCAAAUGUAAUUCCUCCAUAAUGUUUGACAUGAACAUGAUGAGAAAGCAUGACAUCAUUGACCAUAAUAACCAACCCCAGUCUUCCCCAACAAUCUUGCCUUUAAAUGUUGAAAAAAUAUGGUUAUGUAUUUAAAAAUUUUAAUAGUUAGUGUUUCAGGUUACGUUAACAUGGUACAAAAGUAUAAAACAUAUGACACACUGCGUAAAAUAUCAUGGAUACACAGCUGCAGCUCUGAGAGGCUCUUCUGGAGUAAAAGUGAUUUGGUCUGAUUAUCUGUGGUUUGGAAGGUGGGUGCAGCAUAAUGAGCCAUUUACCUUUCUGUGUCAGCACUCACACCAAGUUAAACUGAGGCUGAUUUUACUAUCACUCAUUUUCUACACCAAAAUAAAAUGCAGUUUUGACCUGGUUAUGAUUCUAGAUGGAAAUAUCAGGAAGUCAGCAAAGUCAGUGUGCCUUUAACUCCCCCUGAAGACAACUGUACUUGAUAUCAUUAUCUUCUUCUUCUACUGUGUCAUCCGUUCUGGACGGCCACCCACCUCUCUGUGACAGGAUGUGAAAAUAAUCACAUACUCUCUCUUCCUUCUCUCUCUCCUCCCCUCCUUUCUUUCUCUGAUCCAGGCUCCUUGCCUCUAGUAACCACAGCAUGUUUAACAAAAUUUCCAUUCCUUAUCUCAUUUGUUCUGCUGUCCCACUCAGUUUCCUGUUGAAUACAUAACCAAGUCGGUCAAGUGACUGUGAUGUUUAUCAAUGUGUUUUCAGAAAAAACAAUGUUAGACUAAAUUUAGAAAUAUCACCUGCUGCACCGUACAUUUUUUGCUUAUCUCUCCUGUUUUUCUGUCCUUCAUUACCCAUUUCCUGCAUUUCCCCCGUCUUUCCAUUUCCUGUUUCUUCACCCACCCCUCAACCUCCUGUCAUUCUUGCCCUCUCCUCAGUGAGAUCCCUCGGUUGUCUCUGUGCCCCCCUGACAGCGACUGUGAUGCUGAGGCCCAGUUGACAGUCAUUCAGUCUGAAGGCGAACUGUGUGACAGCUGCAGCAGCCUGGGCAGACCCUCUUCCUCCUGCCAGCUUUAUCACCAAGUAAGCCUGAGCUCUGAGUACUGUGUGUAAAGAAAAGAUAUUUCAGGAAGCAUCAGAACAGAAUGCCCUGGAAAAGACUAAAAAUUGGGUUGUGGAGAUUGUGAAAAAAUUACCAGUCAAUAAAAAGGCAGGAAUGUCCCCAGAAUCCUCAACAAGCAGAGGAAAAAUAUAUCUUAUUUGGUUAUUUUUUUCUUGUUUUCACCAGUAUUUAUAUUUUUUUAGGUACCUCAGUGUCCUCAAGCUGAGCCCUACAACUCUGCACAGCCUAGAAAAUGUCCCCACUGCAGCCGCUACGGACCUGUCAAACUAAAGAGCUGCCAAGGCUGCCACCCAAACAAGGCAGGUCUUCAUGCAGAUGGAGGAGUAAAUGUGGCACACAGUUGUAGUUUAGGCCGUCAGACGGCUUGUCAUGGAGCAGUGAGGUGCCACUGGCUACAUGGAUCAAACGAGAGCAAGACUCCGAAACCAAAACAGAGACAUGUGGUGACCAUUAGGUGAGUUUAAAGGAGGAAUUACACUGUAUGCUUGAUUAGCAACUUUGAAGACCGUUAAAUGAGAAAAUCAGUGCCACCCAUCACUGUAUUUAAGAUAAAGCAGCUGUGUAGCUUAGCUCGACCUAGCUUAGCUUAUAUAUAAAAAGAGAGUACCUACCUGCCUCUCUUAAACUCUUUAAUAAGCUAGUUUUACAUCGUUUGUUCAGUUAAAUACAGAAAAGAAGAACAUUUUUGGUGGAGGUUUGCCAUAAAGAUGCUGAAACUAACAGAAUCUUUUUGUGUGGUACCUUUUUCAAGUUUCUGACACAUUAUUGUUAAUUUUUUUAAUCAUGGACAGAGACGGAGGAUUGUACUGCAUCCUUAGGAAGUAAGUACUCAACUCAGCUGCACUUAAAAAUACUGAAACUUGUCAUUAAAUAAAAAAUAAUUUCCCUGUUGUUACUGGUGGUUUUGGUGCUCUAUUCAACAGUUAUGCUCAGCUGACAGUGGACCACCCCUUGGCGAUGUUGGUGGGUUGUGUCGUGCUGCUACUGGGAUGCUCACUCGUUGGACUCUUCAUUGGGCCACUGCCAGACUUCUCAGACCCGCUUCAGGUGAGUGUCAGAUAUACCCACUGAUACAACAAGGGAUGAACCAGGCUUUAUUUUGACUGAGAUGGCCCAACUGGGGCUCUGACUUAUGCCAUGGUGACAUAAAACACCUGCAGACAGACAUGAAUGAGAACCACUUAACUAAUGGUUAAAAAAACAUUGUGAAAGCUCAUCCAUGUUAUAUUUGUCAUGCUUGUGGAAAAUUCAACUCCAAUAUAGUCCUUAGCUUUAAGUUUUCGGUCUAUUUUGGCCACGACUCAUGCACAACUUGUAGAAAAAUCUGUGAGCAAUCUAUUCUGUAGGAUUUAAGCCCCUGAGACCAAAGUGAGACAUGUUACAGAAAGCAAUAGUCUGAUCUAUUAUUAGAAUAAAUGCAAAAUGAAAGACAAGCCAUUUUAGAGCUCAGCAGCUAACACAUUUCCUGAGCUAGAUCAAGCUAGAUCAGGGUUUGUCACACCAAACCCCUACCAGAACUGAACCGAACCAAACUGGACUGCUUGGUUGAAAUUCACUUUAGGUCUAAUUCUUGAAAAGCACAUUAAAAUAUAAAGAAAAUCACAAACAGCUUGUUGCUGCACAGCCUAAAUGGUUAUCUUUUAAGGACACUCUCGCUCUUGUUAAAGCAAAUAGCCUACCAUGGUUUGGGAUUUUUGAUUGGCACCUGUCGUGACCAUUUAGAUUUCAGUAGGAGGCUCAGCCACCUACUCACACACGCUCAGAGUGUACCUCUACUGCAACUCAUGUUUUAAUCAAAUCUCCAAUAUAAACCUCCAUCACCACCUCAGGCUGAGGAUUAAUUACUGUUUCUCUAAUGACUCGUGAUCUGAGUCCUUUUACUCCAAUCUUAUCACAGAUUCAAUGAACUGCACUGAAUUAGAUCAUACACACUGUCAUCCUAAUUAAAUGCAUCCUCUCACUUCUAAGCCCCAUGGUUACAGGAUAAACACUGAUUAAGAUGUUAUCUUUAAAAUGCAACAUGUGAAUCACAACAAUUCAUUAACAUAUAUAUGACAUGAUUCUGGGAGGCUCUUUCAUUUACAACAUCAAGCACUCGUCCAUCAAAUAAGCUUAUUCUGUUUUUGUGUUUUAAUCCUUGUUCAGACAGCAUUAAGGGGUUUUUGUAAGGCUGAUUAAUUCAGUCAAAUACAUCACGGCGUGUAUGAACUCUAUCAGCCGUACUAGCAUUAACUUUGAUGGUUAUGUGUGUGCGUUUUUCUCUCAGGGUUUUGAGCCACGGGGAACGUACAUUGGAGUUCGUCAGUCCAGUUUAUCUGAGCUGCAGAAGAACACGGGCCCGGGGAAACCGCUGUCUCCUCUACCGCAGACGCUCAGUAAAAGGUCAGCAGAGAGGUUUAGUAGUGUGCAGACAGAGCCCUGCAGCGUGCGUGCAUCACUGACUGGAACAUGCACAGUAAUGUUAUGUUAUUAAAAUAGAAAACUCACUUUGUUGGAGUUGGGCUGUCAAAAAAGAAUUAGCCUACAAAAUAUUGGUAAUGUUGCUCAAAUCUGGAGUCUGUGUUGUGUUUCCAGUUGUUUGCUGCCACCUCUCUGUAACCCUAAAAACAACGAUUGUUGCUUUAAACUGAGUAUUUUACAUUGAAUUUGUAACAAACUAUGAUCGUAAUGAGGUAGUAUUUGAAAGUGCAUAUGUGUUUCUGUCUUUACUAGUUUUGGCAGGGCCGCUGAUGGAGACAGCAGUAAAAGCCAGGGUGCCUCCAGGCUUCGUAUGAAAAGGAUGCUGGCUAGAGAUCCUUCCCCUAACACCUUUCUCUGCGAUGCUCCAGGUGUGAAUUUUUAUCCGUUUUCACUUAGAGAAUAAGAGACUCUAUAAAAGUCCUGCUUUAGUGUUGAUUGUGAAAUUCUAAAUACCAAUCUGUUCGUAGAGCAAUAUGCAUUUAUAUUGGACAAACAGAGAUGUUUUUGUUUAAUAUGUUGCUUGCUUAUUCAGCAGUCGAGGCAGUUCUGCGUAAAUCAUGUAAGCUGAAGGCAAAGCUCUCUAUCCUAAACACAGCACUCCCAGCAAAUGAAGUAAAGCAAUUCUAUAUAAGAACAAGAGCAGCAAAUUCAUUGAAUGUAAUUUCACACAAUAGAAUGAUGCAGUGUUGGUGAAAAAUAGCUUUGGUGUUGGUUCAAGGAGAAGAUCUAGCUGAGCGGUUUCCGUAAGCAAAUUAAACCUUAUUUUCUUCUCUCAAAUUGACUUUGAAACAGUGUGCUGGUAGAUCAGAGACUACUAUACCCCAGCCUGCUUUAUUAAAGCACAGAUGGCUCUCUAAAUGGGUUUAUUAGCAAAUCAAAGCCUUGAGCAUUUCAUUACGUGAAGCCUAUUUUAUAUUCAGAGGAGACCCGUGAGUCUGUUUCCCCACUUCUACCUGCGUAAAUGUUUCCACUCUGCAUCAGUUACACUAUUCUUAACAGUGUUGUACACCCAUGUCAAUACACUGAUGAUUCACCUCUUGUCAUCUUGUUUCUGGAUGUUCAAUCCAUCUGUCUUCAUGCAGGCGAGCAUUUGGCUCAGAUGGUUUUUCGCUCCGAGAACUCAGCCAGUCUGUGGAGUCUAGAGGCCAUUCACGCCAUGUGUGAGAUGGAGAAGUCCAGGGUUUGUUCUGAUCUUCUAACCCCUUCAUCUCAGCUUUGCUUCUUCUCUCUUCUGCUCUUUAGUCAUCAGCUUCUGUCAGACAGCAUAUUGUCUUCUCUUACUUUAUAAUGCAACAAAAACACUCUUCUUUAUGUGCAUCACUUCAUCUGGAAUCCAUUCAGUUUCUGUUGAUUUUGCUCAAUGUCUGGCGUGUGUUCAAGAAACUGUUUCUCUUGUCUGAUCCAGAUUCGCUCUCAGACUCAGUUCCAGGAUCUGUGCCAGCAGCAUGUGCGGGUGGAGGCUGAAGGAACAUCCAGGAGCGGUUGUUGCCCAAGCUGGUCUCUGGGGAAUUACUUGGCUGUCCUCACUAAUGCCUCCCGCUGCCUCAGCCUCACCUCCCACCAGGUAUACCUCUCUGUCAAACAAAUAAAGAAAACUAUAUUUUAAUAAGGAGGACUUUAUUUUAGUGUUCCUUCUUGUUUAACAGUAGGACAUUGUUUGCUGUCAGACAAAAGAAAAGUUCAAUGUUUGGCAAAGAUUUUUUUAAAUCAAACAGUAAACUUUUCUUUUCCUUACAAAAAAACAAUAUCAAUGCCACUUUUAACUCACUGCAGUUGAAAACUCUGGUACUGUAACAAGCCUUUACUUGAAUAAAUGAAAAUGGAAAUUUUUUAAUCAAUACUUAAAGAUUCACUGUUUGUUUCCUCUAAUUUAGUUUUCAAAAUGUCAUUAAAGUUGCAAAGAUAUUUGCCGAGUAUCCUGGUGUGAAUCAUGUCUGAUUACAACACACCAUAUUAUAUUGUAUAUUAUUGUAUCCUAUCAAAUCAAAUACUAUCACAACCCAAGAACCCAUGCAUCAUGCAGACCAUGACUCAUGUAUGAUACGUAUACCAUGACUCAUGUAUUAAGAUAUUAAUUGUGUCAUAAAUCAUGUAUGGUGAUAGGUAUUGUAUCACGACCCCAUGUCGUAGCAUGGCCUGUAUAUUGAUACAUAUCACAUCAUGACUCAUGUACAGUGAAAAGUAUUGUAUCUUGACUCUUGUAUAGUUUUAUACAUAUUAUGAAGUCCUUGUAUAAACGCAGCCCUUAUUUUAAGAGCGGGGGUUCACUCGACAUGUUUUAGUGUGUCUGUGUUUUCUUCUUUUCACCACUACAGGUGUCUGAGUCUCUAAACCUUCUCCGAAAAUGCGCCCCAUACUAUCAUGAAGGACACCUGGUGGAGGCCUGUGUUGAGAGACCCAAACUUGGCAGCUGUUCCUCUGUCCCGUCCCGCUGUAAGCAAUCUCGUGUGGUGUUCCAAAUCCUGCACUACCUGGUGGAUAAGGACUUCCUUGGGCCACAGACUGUUGAAUACCAAAUCCCCACACUGAAGUACAGCCUCAUGUUCUUACCCAUCAACAAAGGAGAGCACAUGAUGGAGAUGUACAUGAACAGUGUUGAGUGCAGGGAUCUGGCCUACAACAACACAACUAUCACUGGCAUGGAUUUUGGCAUUAAGCAGAUGCUGUUCAAACAUUACCUUGCAAGAGAUUCCAUCUAUCCUGUUCUGGCUGUUGUGUCUCUUCUUGUCACGAUGAGUCUGUAUCUGCACUCCCUCUUCAUUGUAGCGUUAUCUGUGAUCGCGAUCACAGGCUCCCUCCUGACCUCCUAUUUCUUCUACAAAGUAGCUUUUCGCCUGACUUUCUUCCCCCUGGUCAACCUUUCAGCUGCUCUCAUUCUCCUAGGAAGCUGCUCCAAUCAGGUUUUCAUCUUUACCGAUUUCUGGAAUCUGCAGUUAUCCCAGAAUCCCACAGCCUCCCUGGAGAAGAGAGUAAACAGAGCUAUGCAGGAAGUUGGCUAUUUGAUUUUAGCAAUGGGGUUGACCUCUAGCGCAGCAUUUUUCUCUGGUUAUCUCAGCAGCAUCACAGCAAUCCGAUGUUUCUCUGUUUAUCUCGGAAGUGCCUCACUUAUCAGCUCAAUCUUGGCAUUAGUGUGGCUGCCCUGCUCUUUCAUUUUGCGUGAGCGCUACACACAAGCAUCCUCCGCAUCUGUAGCGGUGCAGGGAUGGAAACCAUGCUGCUCUAAAAACAGCGGGGGAUUCUGGGAUACGAGUUCACGCAAGAGAUGCCUCUUCACUCUAGUGCAGAAGCUGAGAGAGUUAAAAAGAGGGCUCAGUGACACUUCCAAUCUAUUAUUUAUGAAGAUCCUGCCUUGUGGAGUGGUGAAGUUUAGGUACAUCUGGGUGUGCUGCUUUGCUGUGCUCGCUGUUGGGGGCACAUACAUGACCUGUGUUGACCCAGGUAUGAAACUGACCACCUUGGACAGCGGGGUCAGCCAGCUUUUCCGCUCCAGUCACCCGUUUGAGAGGUACGACUCAGAGUAUCGUCAUAUGUUUAUGUUUGAGAGACAAAAGAAUGGAGAGGAUAAACCAGUUACAGUUAUGCUCAUUUGGGGCGUCAGUCCGAUUGAUAAUGGCGAUCAUUUUAACCCAAAGAGCAAUGGCUCUCUGGUUCUUGACCCAGACUUUAAUAUGAGCCGGCCAGAAGCACAGGUGUGGUUGAGGGACUUGUGUGGACGGGUUCAGAACCAAAGCUUUUAUUCACCUCCAUCACCAGAAGACGAAGAUGUUCUGACGGAUAAUAUCUGUCUUGUGGAGCAGCUCAUACGCUGGGUAUCUGUCAGGCGUUGCUCUGAGAGUGAUGACUCCCUCCAUUUUUGCUGUAAUGAAAUCCCUUUCCCCUACCCUCCCGGGGUUUUUGAGAGCUGCCUCAGUAUGAUGCUGGCGGAGAGGUAUGCCGAGGGCCAUCUGGCUCACAGCAGAGGCCUGUUCUUUCAGCCAGAUGGCAGGGUCGCUGCCCUUAUGUUGGCAUUCAAAACCACAUACCUCUACAGCUUCAACUUUAGCAGAACUAGUGUUUUCUACAGAGAAAUUCUCACGUGGUUUAACAAGGAAAUAUCAGGAGCACCACAAGGGCUGGAGAACGGCUGGUUCAUCAGCCAUCUGUCUCUUUUUGACCUACAACAAUCUUUGAGCUCAGAGACUCUGGUAGUAGCUGCUUUUUCAGUAGCGCUCACAUUUGUUUUGCUGCUUUUCACCACCUGGAAUAUUCCUCUAAGCAUAUACGGGACUGUAGCUGUUGGAGGCAGUGUUUUUGUCACCGUUGGCCUCCUUGUUUUACUUGAAUGGCAGCUGAGUGGAAUUGAAGCUCUGUUCAUAUCCUCAGCAGCAGGGCUGUCUGUUGACUUUGUCGCUAACUACUGCAUAUCUUACAGCUUAGCUCCUCAUUCAGACAAAAUCGGGAAAGUAGCUCAUGCCACUAAAAGAAUGGGAUGUCCUGUAGCAAUAGUUUCUGGUGCAUUUUUCUCCAUGGGGAUUAUCAUGCUGCCCGCAACAGCCUUGCUUUUCAGAAAACUGGGCAUCUUCUUGUUUUUGGUGAAAUGUGUAGCGUGUGGAUUUGCGACCUUCUUUUUCCAGUCCCUCUGCUGCUUUUUUGGACCUGAAAGAAACUGUGGGAAGAUCAUGCUGCCUUGUUGUUCCGAUCACAACGAUGGCGCCCUGUCUUCUUGCUCCACAGCAGAACAAGGUUCCUCGUCAGCCUUGGCAGCUAACGGGGCAUUUGGCAGAUCUAGAGUGAGGAGGAGUUAUGACAAAGAAGCAGGUGGCUAUCUGUACCCCAACCACCAACGUCAGCAGAGACAGAAACAAACCGGAGCGGGAGGAGGCGGAGGACCGGAGCAGUACGAGCUGCAGCCGUUGGCGUACCGACUAAGUGAUAGCUUUGAGAACAGCACCUGCACCAGCAAGCUGUCCAACAGACCCUCGGUGCUCUCUGAUGAGAUUGAGUUUUGUGGAAAAGAUGUGGACAGGAGUAGCAUGGAUGGGGACAGUGAAGAGAUGUGCAGCCAUCAGCAUAAAAUCUGUCAAACACCUCCAGCCCUCCAGACUUCAUCUCCGUACAAAGAGAGCACCCUUUGCUCUGGAGGUCAGGCACCAGAAGAUGGAGCUAAGGACAGGCUGCUGUGUAAAACAUGCAGAAGUCAGUGUGGGGGUGUGAAACACUGGGGCAACACCUCCUCCUCUUCAUCAUCUAGCAUUGAGGAAACUAUCAUCAGCCACACCCUGGAGACCUUCGAGCAACCGUCUCUCUACAAAGAUGCACCAACAGCAGAGCAGAGCCUCCAUCACCACCAUGACCCCCAGUCUCAGAGCUCAUGUGAGGGCCUUGAGGACUCGAAUGAAACAUGCCUGAGUGACAUCGAACCAGGGCCUUCAAGCAUGCAGCAAAAUGAAGAAGAAGAGGAGGUCCAGUUACGGCCUGGACAUCUAAAUGGGAAAAGAGACACACUCCGUCUCUCCCUCAAAGAAACAGUUUAUGAGACUUGUAAUAAGGGGCGUAUGAGCCAGAGUGAAGAGGUGGUUAUUUUACCCAACAGUAAGCCAGACCUGCCAGAUGUUUGGAUAAAGAGGGAUGGACGGGAAGAUACCUGCUGAACAAACUCUUGGGGGAGUCUUUGAAACACUGUGCAUUAAAUGCUAUCGAUUUGUAUUUUUGAAAAAAAUAAUUAAUGAGCUUAUAUAAGCAUACGAUGUUACUUUAACUCAAAGGAAAUAUAAGCCAAGUGCAAAUGUAACACAUGACAGCAUGUGAGUCUAAUGUUGCUGCUGAGGUUUUUAAAGUGUAUGUAAUGAUUGAAAAAGGUCACAGCAUGAGUGUUUCCACAGCCAAAGGUCAAUUCAAAGCAUGACUUGUUUAUUUUUAGAAAAAAGAACAUGAAAGAUGACACCGUCUUUCCCUAGCCAUAACUUUGCACCAAUUAGACACAUGAAGAAAGUUAAAACUGCUUUGAGCUGGUGAAAAUCAUCAAGUACUGCAGAGUUUACUUUGUGCCUGGAACUCUUUUUUUACACCUUCACAGCCUGGGCUAAAGCAAAGACAGUGCAACCUGUGUGCCAGUCAUUGGCCUUUCUUCAUGCUGUACUUUACUUCAAUGAGCCGCAAACAUUAGCAGAUAUCAGGGCACAGUUGUUCAAAAGUAAUCUUGUUGGAUAAAAGCAACAACACAGGGUUACAUCUUGAAAUCAGUCCUCCCUAAGAAAAUAACGACUAAAUCAGAUAUACGUUUUUUUAAAUCAGGCUUUUAGAUAAGAUGGAUACAACAUCCAAAUCCUCAUUUUCAUUAGGAUAAAACCUCCAAUUAUGUUGCUCUUUUGAGAACAUUUCAGAUUAAUCUGAAAAAUAAACAGGAAUUUCAAUCAGGGUUUUAAGUUUUAAACACUUUUUAAAAUAUAAUUUACUCCAAAUACUUAUAGUGAAACAGUAAACGAACAAGACAUGAAUGUUGUGACAAAAUCAAUUAUUUCUUCAUAACAGUGACAUUAAACAAAAUAUUUAAUUUAAAGGAACUUUUUAUUUUGUGUGGAUGUUAGUGCCCCCCUCUGGACAAACUAUGAAAUAUAAAGUCACAACAAAGGGCGGGCGAUCUCUCCAGAAAAAUGCAGAAGCUGAACCCUGGAUCUGUAGACUUAAUAGACUUUAUGUGGGAAGUGUUCUGGUGUCUGUGUGUUUGAGAGGACAGACUUGACAUAACUGUAUUCUUGCAGUUUCAAAAUCUGUACCAUGAUUCCAAUUUGGCAAACUUAAAAACUACAAACUAUGGGUAAAUCACAAGAAAUAUUGGUUCCUUUUUUGGGUUCAUACCACAGUAGCAAGAGCAAAGUGUCUGUCUUACCGCAGUGAGUAUGUCUACUUCUAAGCCGACACCUACCAGGGGUUGAAACAGGUGACCAGUUUUUCCCAGAGGGAAUGUAACAGACCUGAGAAUUAUAUAUUUUGCAUUGCAGUGGUGGAUGUAGAAUGAAAAUGUAGAUAGGAAGUCCCACUGGCAACACUGGCUUUUACUGAAAGUUGGCAUCUGUUCCCACAUACUGCCUCUUACUAUAGACUAAGGAUGCUGAUUGGUUCCGAGAUUAAAGCACAAGUAAUCUGGAUUUGGAAAUCCUACAAAGUCUGCUCUGGGGUCAUGUGAAUCUUCCGCAGGCAUUUAUUAAAAUCUUGAACAAAUCUUGACCCUCUAUGGAGUAAAAAGGAAUUGAACCUUUUGAACAACUUCGCCCUGAUAAUUAAAAUCCACACAACUGGAACACACAAAAAAAACUUCACCUAGCAGCAAAAAAAAAAAAAACUAACACUCAGCGACAGUCAGUAGGUUUCACACUGUUACAAUGGUAUCUACAGUAUGUGAGUUGUGAUCAUGAUGUUUAAACCAGAAACUUAGCCAGUAAUGUGUCCUUUAUAAUGUCAUAGCUUGUUAGCAUUUAGUGUUUUACCGUCAGUUUAAAAGAUCUGCUGUUUAUUUCAGCUUCAGUGCCAAAAUUGUUUACUUAAUGUACAAAAAAAGUCUCUUACCUUACAUUAAGUGUGGGCUUACACACUAUUGUUGACAAAUUAAGGUGCAUACACACUUCGAACCCUUUCCACUGUAUGCCUUAGUGAAAGAAAUCUUUUGAAGAGUUCACAGUAGUAGUUGUACCAUCACUUGCCACUGCCUACACAGCUUAUUAUUUGUACAUAGACCUUGCUGCAGCACUGUUAACAGAGUAUCUAUGGAACAAAAAGCCUUCAUGUGAACCCUGUCCCACAGCUAGCAUAUUAGCUGAUAGUGUCUCUUUCAAGUUACUGUAUUUAUGACAUGAACAGCAUGUGGCAAAUGUCUUUUCACUGCUUGUUCCACAUGCUGAAACAGAAUCUGUGUGUUGUUUUGUGUGCCAAGGAUGUGUCCUUUGACAAAAGUGAAACAUGGAGUAUGUGUACGGUGUGUAGUGUGAUAUUCUAAAUAUAUAACAGAAGUGUUAGAGGUGAUGGUGGUUUAGACCUGACAAGGACAGACUUGUGUAAAUGUGCCUAUGAGCAGCAUUGUUUUCCAUCUCUCUCUUUACAGGAAGUGUUUGCUUUUGACUUCUUGUCUGUAACAUCACAGUUCUUCACUGAGCCUUCACUUUGAAUGAAUCAGCAGAAUCACUUGCCUUAGAGAUGAAUGAAAUCAACCAUAGGCUUUCUAUCCAGAAAAUAUAUUAAAGGUCACCACCAUCACGCUUAUUCAUAGAUGUCAAUGUUAAUUUUUCACAAAACUGGAAUUAAAGAAAAGGUUUAUUUUCCUGCA